UGUCAGUUUUGUCCAUAUAAUCAAGCGUAUCAGUUGUACACUAAUAAAAGAUGCCCAGAGUGCCAGUUAUUGGGAUUGAUUUAGGCACAUCGCGCUCGCUAGUCGCUGUUUACCGAAAAAGAAGAGUAGAAAUAAUUCCGAACAAGAAUGGAGAUAGGUUAACACCUUCCUACGUAUUCUACGACCCCAGCAGUUUGGAAGUGGCUGUUGGAACUGAUGCUGAAGAUCUAGCACCAAACUGUCCAAAUAACUUUAUAUUCGACGCUAAACGGAUUAUUGGUCGAAAAUUUGAUGACGCCUACGUUCAAGAACUGAAAACCCGAAGCGACUACCAAUUCAAAAUAGUUUCAGGUGAAGAUGAUAAAGCAGAAUACGAAAUAAGACAUGAUGAUUCGACGGUACACAAAUCGCCGGAACAAGUUGGUUCUGAAAUAUUGAAGUACCUUCGCGAGUCAGCCAGUGAGUACCUUGGAGCUAAAAUAACUGAAGCCAUUAUAUCCGUUCCGGCUCAGUUCAGCAAUGCGCAACGAGCAGCAACCAAAGCAGCAGCAGAAUUGGCUGGACUGAAAGUACUGAAGCUGGUCAGUGAACCGGUUGCUGGAGCCAUCCAUUACACGCAUAAUAAGUGGGAUGUCGAAAGGAAGAUUGUGGUAUUUGAUAUGGGAGGUGGAACGACGGAUGUAUCCAUAGUAAAUGUCAGUAAAGAAAAAUUUGAAGUGUUGAACGUGGAAGGAGAUACGUUCUUAGGCGGUAGAGACUACGAUAACUUGUUAGUAGAUUAUUUUAAAACGAAAUUAAUUGAAGAAUUUAAUGAAACUGUUAUCACCCCGAGACUCAUAAGGACGUUAAAAGAAAAAUGUUCUGUUCUCAAAGAGAAACUAUCCGACAAAACAAAGUGUUCUCUGGCUUUAGAUUGUAUAAUAAAUAUGAGUGAUAAUGUCUUUAACAUAUCACUAACACGACACGAAUAUAACGAGCUAACACAUUCGAUAACUAGAAGAGGUUUAGACUUGGUACAGAAAUGUCUCGCCGAUGUGGGACUGUCAAAUCAUAAUAUAGGUAACGUCCUCCUUAUCGGAGGAAUGACAAGAAUGCCGAGGAUUCGCGAAGAACUCCGAGCAUUUUUUGACUCUAGAAAAAUAAAAACCGACUUGAAUCCGGAUGAAGCUGUUGCUUUGGGUGCUGCGAUCCAAGCUUCGUUCAUAAAAAAUAAAUGUGUAGAAUUGGAAAGGUAUAACGUUGCUGAGGUAACGCCUUUAUCUGUAGGAGUUAAACUAUCACGUGGUUUAAUGAAAAUCGCAAUUAUGAAAAAUACCCCAUUACCAGCAAAAGGAUGCCUGAAAUUAGCCACAGCAGUAAAUAACCAAAAAAAUAUAGCAUUUAAAAUUUUUGAAGGCGAAAGAAAAAAUUGUGCCUUCAAUAACCUUUUGGGUGAAUUUACCAUAAAUAAUUUGCCCAAAGGAAAAGCUGGUGAUGUAGAAUUUCAAACAAAUUUCUUUCUUAACCAAGAUGGAAUUUUAGAAGUAGAAGCACAUGAAACGAGUACUAACCAUAAGAAGAAAUUAACAGUUACAUUGGAAACGUAUCGCUUGUGUCAAAAUAGAAUUUCCAAUAUCAUAGAAGAUGCGGAAAAAAACCGCGAUGAUGAUAUUUUAUUUGAAAAAUAUAACAAAAUUUUCAAAGGAAUCAAACACGUUUAUAAUGAUAUAGUUUAUGGUAUAAAUCAAAUAUAUUCCGAAACCGACCGUGGAAUUGUUGCCAAGGAAUGUCAAGGAUUAAAGAGUAGCUUAGAUAAUUCUGUUUAUACAGAAAUUAAUAACUUAAUAGGAGCUUAUAAUCGUUUUCGAAUGGCCACUGAAGGGAUAGUUGGACAGGCAAUUGAUAUAAUUUGGCCAGAAUUUUCUUAAGUUACGCAUUUCGUUUAUAUUUGGUAUUUCCUUAGUAAACUAAAACAUUUAGAAGAUGACUUUUUGGAGCAUUUUAUAAGAAAUAAUUCAUAGAAAAAUGUCUAUCUCCAAAAAAUAAAUUUUAUUUAGAGAUAGGUAUUAUAAGGUAACAUAAUUAUGUUUUGGUGGUAACAAAUGUUACAUCUAUUUACAUAUAAUAAAUCAUAAACAUCCAUUUUUUAUAAUACUUUAAUUAAUUUUAAUAACUUCAGUUUAUACAUAUGACUUGAAGUAAAUAAUUUUCUAAGUGCCACAAAA